AUGACUUGGUACAAGAUUGAUCGUACUUUAUAUCCUGAUAAUACAUUAAAUAUUGCUUACUUAACUCAAGACGAACAUUUUGAUGAAAAAUAUUUAGAUAAAGCAAUCGCUAGAUCUUUAAAUGAUACUUUUGUAAAAUGUUAUGAUAAAAAGCAUAUCAAACUCCAUGAAGCAAAUCCUGUUAAACGAUAUCCUCGUUAUUUUAGAGGAUUGAAAAAAUUUCAUUCAAUAUCCUAUGUGCGUGGUGGAAACCCUAUUAGUUAUUGGAUAUCGAUUAAAAAUGAUAGUUGCCCACAAAAUCAUGGCGUCUGUUUUGGUGAAGUUAUUUAUUAUUUCCAAAUAGAUCAUGAAUAUUAUUCAUUUAUCAAACACUAUAAAUGUCUAGGUAAAAGUUUAGCUGAUGGCUUACCAUCAACACCUGUUUCUCAAAAUCUUCUCGAUCGUUUAAACAUGUAUUACCGUUUUUUUCAUGACAAAAAAUUCACAUACAAAAUUGUAUCAACUUGUUGGAUAACUAACGUAGUAAUUCGCAUGCCAUGGAUUGAACCCAACGUAUCAGCUUUUACUGAGACAAGUAUGGACACACUUACUCAACGUUCACAACGCACAACGGCUGGCAGAACAUCUAAAUAUGCUGAUUUUUCAGUUGUUUCGUUUCCUCAACUGAAAAAACAUGCUAUCGUCAAAGCAUCCUUAAUUAAUUUCUAUCCACUCAGUUGUCCUCUUGGAGUUCAAGCUGGUAAUAUAAAGGCUCAUGGAGAAAGAAAAAAAUUACUAGUUAUCAAAACAGGAAGUCAUCAAGAAAUAGAAGAAGUUUCAAGUCGAUUUUCAAAAGAAUCAGGAAGUGAAGAAAUCUUUAUUCCAGACCAUGAAUGUGAAUAUCAUCCUCAAGAUCUUUGUGAACAAACAAUGGAUGAUGAUUUGAAUUUUGACGAUGAUAUAUAUACACCAACGACAAACCGAACAAAAAAAAACAAUAAAACCGAUUACAACCAAUGA